AUGAGCUAUUCCACACGCUAUUCCUCCACCCGCUGUACCUUCUAUCCAGGAGUCCAAUGUAGUCAUCCGGAAUGUACAAGCUUCGGUCUUCCGCGGUACCAAUCGCCACCUACUUAUGGGUAUGCACCUCCUCCUACCGUGUUAGGAAACGAAGACGCCUUUCUGGCUGGAUUCGCCCAAGGAAGACGAGCCUCCAUGCAAUCGAAUGGACCUGCCGGUACCAGUGAAUAUCGAAGUGGAUCAUCUUUUGGUGGACCCCAAUAUCAUCCUGAGGCUCAUGGAAGACGAAACUCGAUGUCUCGAGGUAGUAAUGGCAACAGUUCCAUUCGUCACUCUCCCAUGCCGAAGAAAGCGACGCCAAGAUCUUCCCGGGAUACACCACACCGUCGACCUUCAGGAGGGGUCUUUGAUUUUGAGAUUGAGGUUGAAGAGAUGCCUGAUGACGAUGUUGAUGAAGCAAUCAAGAAUGCGGCAGACAGACUCAGUAAUAUGAACAUGCAUGAUGAUAAUCGAAGUGAUCCAUCCAAAAUUUCAAGUGUGAAGACCAGCAGUAGUAAAUGCAAAGGACCGAGGAAGACACCUACUAUUACAUCGGAGCCGAUUCCAAAAGGUUAUCAUGGUGUGGCAUUCACCAUUCCUCCUAUGUAUAGGGAAGACCUGACUGGGUUCAGUGAGGACACUUUUAUCAGAUGUACGAUUAAAGAGGAGUAUGACAACAUCAGCGAUCCUGAUGCCUAUUGGGAUGCAGUGGGCGGAAAAGUCGAAUCGACUAUGGGAAAGAUCUUCGGACCCGAGGUGACUUCAAAAUCAACGGGCGACAAGCAAAUCAAGUUGUCGUACCCUAAGGAUAUAACUAAGACAGAAGAAGAAUUCCACGAGACUUUCCUCCUUGAUCGACAUACGGCAAAGAAUCUGCAUAAAAAGCCAAAGAGCGAAUUCAUGAAUACCCUGCAAGCUAGUAUCAAGAGCGAUCUGCAAUCUAAAGUCGAACGAGAGCUGAUCGACCAGAGUGUCGUCCAUGACUUGGAAGUUGAUACUACCAAACAGCUCGAAGAAUGUUAUAACAGAUUCAAAGAGACCUUUAGAUGA